AUGAGCUCAGAAAGCAUUAGUUAUUGUAUGUACACUGCAAUAUCGAUCAAAAAAGCCAACGCCUCCGUUGAUCUGGAUAGAGCGGUAUGUUCGAUCAUCCGAUGGCAAUGCUUGGCAGCGACGCUCCGAAAACGAGGUUAUUAUGAGGCUGAAUGGCCAGGAUCGCCUGCCGAUCACAACGGUAUCCAGCGAAUUUACUGUCUUCAAUCCUCCUCGGCACCAAUAAUUCGGCGAAUAAUGAGUGUUACAAAGAAUAUAGGCCUUCAAAUCAGGCUUGCCCCGCUUUGUCGCCUGGACAGCGGGUCAGAAAUAAUUGGACAUUGUCGCGGGCGCCACAUCCUGAUCUUCAGUCUCUGGGUGAUCAAACCUGGAGGCUUCCCACUGCACCAAUGGAAUAGCGCGGUGGAAAUGAAUCUCAGACACGGCCGGAUUGCCGUGAUGGACAAGGAGCAGAGCCAAUGUCUCCGCCCAGUGCCGCUCACGAAGAGUGUCCCAGCUCGAGCCAAGCCUCACAAGGCAAGGCUAUAA